UUCAAUAUCAUCAUCAUUAAUUAGCUGGGACAAAUAAAACUCCAUGCCAUGGCUUGGAUUUGGGCUACAAUAAUUGCAUUACUUUUUCUUCUUUCAAAUUACAUCUUCGAAACGUGGCUAUUCAAGAAGAAGAGUAAGGGCAAGAAAUUACCUCCUGGCCCAAAAGGGUUUCCCAUUUUUGGUAGUCUCAAUUUGCUCAAAGAGUUUCCUCAUAGAGAUCUUCAUCGCUUAUCUCAAAAAUAUGGUCCCAUUAUGCACAUCAAAUUGGGACUUGUAAACACAAUUAUUGUCUCUUCCCCGCCAGCUGCUGAGCUUUUUCUCAAAACCCAUGAUCUUAUUUUUGCAAGUAGGCCUCUCACUAUGGUCUCCAAAUUCUUGUCUUAUGGCCAAAAGAAUUUGGUUUUUGCUCAAUAUGGAUCUUAUUGGAGGAAUGUACGUAAAAUGUGUACACUUGAAUUGCUUAGUAAUCACAAGAUCAAUUCUUUCAAAUCCAUGAGAAAGGAAGAGGUUGGGUUGUUGAUUGAGUAUCUCAAAGAGGCUGCAAAUGAUGGUGUUUCUGUUAAUAUUAGUUCAAAAGUUGUGUCACUCAGCACAGACAUGACUUGCUUGAUGGUUUUUGGGAGGAAAUUUGGGGAUGAGGAGUUGGAUGAUAGAGGUUUCAAGGCUAUGAUACAAGAGGUGAUGCAAUUAGUUGCUGCUCCUAAUUUGGGAGAUCUUAUUCCUUUUAUUGCAAUGUUUGAUCUUCAAGGGUUGACACGUCGGAUGAAAAAUAUUAACAAAGUGUUUGAUAGGUUUUUUGAGAGGAUUAUUGAUGAACAUCUUAAGUCCAUGGGUGAAAAAAAAACUAAAGAUUUUUUAGAUGUCAUGUUGGAUCUAAUGAAGUCUGAAGAUACUCAUGAGUAUCGAAUUGAUCGUUCCAGUGUUAAAGCAAUAAUAUUGGAUGUACUUGGUGCUGCAAUGGACACAUCAGCCACAGUAAUUGGAUGGGCACUAGCAGAGCUCAUAAGACAUCCAGAUGUGAUGAAGAAAGUGCAAGAUGAAGUUGAGAAUGUGGUGGGGUUAGAUAGAAUGGUGGAAGAAUUAGAUUUAAUUCACUUGGAAUAUUUGGAUAUGGUCAUUAAGGAGAUUCUUAGGCUCUAUCCACCACUUCCAUUGCUAGUCCCACAUGAAUCUCUUCAAGACUGCAUUGUUGAAGACUUUUUCAUUCCAAAAAAUUCACGUGUAAUAGUGAAUGCAUGGGCAAUUGGUCGAAAUCCAAGUGCUUGGAUUCAUCCUCUAAAGUUUUGUCCCGAAAGAUUUAUGGGAAGUCAUUUGGAUGUAAGGGGAAGGGAUUUUCAAUUAAUUCCAUUUGGAGCUGGUCGAAGAGGAUGUCCUGGAAUUCAAUUGGGUAUGACUGUGAUUCGUUUGGUGUUGGCUCAACUUCUACAUUGUUUUGAUUGGAAGCUUCCCAAUGGUACGUCAAUAGAUGAGUUGGAUAUGACCGAAGAAUUUGGAUUGACUUGUCCAAGAGCUCAAGACCUUAUUGUCAUUCCUAUUUAUCGACUUCAUAUUUGAAUUUAAUUACCCUUUUCAUUGUGCCAAGUUGAGUUUAAUAAUAAGUAAAAGAAUUAUAUAGUCAUUUCAAUAAAAAGAAAUACUGAAAAAAAUUA